ACAUGGCGGCGCCCAGAAGCCGCACGAGCAGCAGCAGCAGCAGCGGCGGGAGCGGCGAGGAGGAAGGGGAGGAAGCCUUGGCUCGCCUCCGGGAGGCGGCUUGGGACCCGGCGCGGCCAUCGGGGGCCGCCCUGCUGAGCCCCACCGCCGGUAUCUGUCAGAGGAGCAAAGUUUUAUCUGCUGCAUCGAGCAUCAGAACGAAGAUCCAAGACCAGGGUCAGGAUGUGAACGAGCUGCAGACCACCCCAGGGUUCCGGGCACACGUUGCAAAAAAAUUAGAAGCCCUCUUGGACAGUUCAAUCACUACCUUGGAGCGUCCACUACAGACUCGCCAGAAAAAUCUGAAAGCCCCAGAGACAGAAGAUGACGGCUUCCGCCUUUUUUCCUCAUCCGUCCCCGGAGACUGUGAGAACCCAGAACCUUUGCCCACAGGAAGGAGACGCCCUCGGCCUUCCAGCUCCAGCUCUUCUAGUGAGCUGGACAGCAACCAGGAAUGGCAGAGGUUUCGGGAAGCGGCCGUAAGCGUGGCCGACAUCUUGCAGCAGAGCGGCCUGCCAGGGGUGCUCCCAGGUUCCAGCCGGGACCUCGGUGGCCAGACUGACGAGCCCAGCGGGAAGAAAAUCAAGAAGAAAAAGAAGAAGAAGAAAAACAAGCAAGGGGGAGUGAAAGGGGAAGAAGAGGGUAGCGGGGAAGAAGGGACUGUAGAAACAGCCUGUAGCCCCUGCAAUGGGAUGGACAAGAGAGAAGAGUAUGCAGAGAUAGUGAAAAAGAAGAAGAAGAAAAAGAAGAAGAAGAAGAAAAAGAAGAAGCCAGCAGAAGCCAGGACUGAAUGAUGCUCUCACAGCUGUUUGGGGUCAGCGGGAGUUACUGGAAGAGCUUUGGACCAUGAGUUCCGUGUCAGAAGAAAUCCAGAGGUCAAACUUUGUAUUUUGCUGGCUGCAAAGAUUGACAGUUUGGUUUGGUGGUUCUCCUCCCGGAAGCCCC